AUCUAGAUUCUAGAUUAGAUUUUAGAAUCUAGCUAGACUCUAGAGAUCUAGAAUCUUGAUCUAGAUCUAGAUCUUGAGGCAUCAUAAUUCCAAACUUCAAUAGGUAGGUUCUAGGCCUAAUAAUAUCUAGGCCACGUAGAGAUCUACGUAGAAUUCGUCCUUUUAGUUCAGAGUUCAGAGGUCCCAACCGAAGAAGUGUAUCAGGUCUUAUUUGGACUCCUGAUCAAUAGAUCAUGCAGCAGUGAGCACUGAUCUGACCUCUGCAAUGUUUCUUGUCUCCGUGCCUGUAUGCAGUUGCAAGAAUGAGACUUCAAAGGCUGUGGAAUUCUUAUGCUCCACCUCUUGUAAAAAAGAACAGCUCAACCGUAGUGAUUAUACUUUGUAUUAUAGCAGUAUACUUGGUUUGGAAAUUCAUAUGGUUCAAACAAGACUCACUCUCUUACCUUUGCUCUUCUGAAGAAAAUUUGAAGCAGGCCAGCUAUUAUGAAAAGCUCGGUGUACAUAUUAUCCCAUCAACUCCACAUCGAAAUCGGAUUCAAGAGAAGCGUGAAGGUACGAGUGAAGAACUAGCCAGUGCUAGCGCUGACUGUGUGCCUGUUAUGACACCUGAUGGAGCUCACUCUUUGCUCACUUGCAUUCAUGACCCAGCCAUAGAUCUGAUGUUGUCUGCUCAUUUGAAGAACAAAGGUGCUUGGGAAAAGGAAAAUGUGGCUUCUGUGUAUAAUGCUCAUCAACUGUUCCCUAAUUUGGUGCUGGUGGAUCUUGGUUGCAAUGUUGGAGCUUUCACUUUACCCGCUGCCAAGCAUGGUAUAGAGGUUGUUGCAGUGGAUGCCGUGAUGCCAAGCCUAAGGCUUUUGCAACGAUCACUUCUGAUAAAUGAUCUGUCAUGUCCAGUCACGUUGAUUCACAAUGCACUUUACAAAUCUCGCAAAAAGAUGAGGGUUGUAAUUGACCCAACUAAUAUUGGAGGUUCGCAGGUUGCAGAGAUUCUAGACUUUCGUAAAGACAAGAUUCCUCCCAGCCAAACCGUGGAUGCCAUCUGUCUUGACGAUCUUGUGCCGUUUGUAAGGGGUCGUGAUGUCUUCCUCAAACUGGACCUCGAGGGUAUGGAAGUUCAGGUGUUGCAGUGUGCCCAGGAAUUUUUCUCUCAAGUUGAUGUCAAGGUGGUUCUGCUGGAGUGGAUGUUCUACAGGCAUCACGAGGAGGCCAGUGGCAUUCUCAAGUCUUUCCUCACCUCCCACGGACUGUCGCCCACCUGGGGCGUGAAUCCUGACAGGGUCAUUGACCUAGAUGCAUCCCACUCCUGGCCAGAUAAUGUGUUCUGGAUGAAAGUCUAAUGAUUUUUACGCUUCUCACAGCGAUGAUGUGCCUUUUUACAGCAGACCUUUUGUACGCAGUGUUGAAACUGCUCUAAUGGCCACCUGUCCACAACCAUCACAUGGACAAACGCUCACUUCCCAUCUCCCCUUACGUUGCUCUAAAUUAUAUCGACACUGCACGAGAUAUCCUCCUGUCUAAGACAACCACUUUUCUCCUUGGCAGUUGGUAAUAUUCCUAGACAAUUUCGACCGCACAGUUACAAGUUUUAAGGCAGCCAACCAUCAUGGAGGAGGAAAGUGGAAGUGUUGAACUGGUGGCCGUGUGGCCGUCUGACACAGUGUGACAGUGUCAAUACAAUGGAAAGAAAGAAACCACAAUGGGAACACAUGGGAAGGGAUCAUUGUUACAGGUGAUUGUCUGCAGGUGGCCGUUACAGCAGGAUCAACUGUAUGUGGUAGGGGGGACACUGAGACAAUGUUUGCUGGAAAAAUUAUUUUAUUAGAAUUUCUUGUGUCAUAUUGCAUAAUGGUACUGGAGGUGAAAAAAAAAGCAUUAUUGAAAAAACAAAGUAUCUGGCUUAAUUUUACUGAAACGCACUUCUGAAAUGAGCAAGUAUGGGGUGGGUGUUUAAUGUGGUCUUGUUCUUCUGUUUCUACUUUUCAGUCAUGUCCCCUGUCUGUAUCUGUUCCUGGUGUAGUGUAUGGCUAUUGUUCUGUGGGUUUCUUGGUGAUAACGACAACUCAAAAUAAUCUUCUGAAGUUGUCCUUCAAAGAGUAGACUGGUUUUAUUUUGAUUUUUGUAAUUUUGACUUCACAUUUGACUUGACAAUCAUCUUAUUAAAAUUUCUCCAGUAUGGGUGGGUUGUGGGCUCCCUUUUUAGGUUUUCUACUUCAUUUCUAUCUUUCCAUUUCCUUAUUAAAGUAAUUCUGUCCCUAGCUAAAUAUGGCUAUUACUGUGCUUUGUCAGCAGAAAGUGAAACGUGCCAAACAUUUCAACAGUGAACGUUUUAUCAUCGUUGUCUGUAUAUAUUGUACUUUAUUGUGAAAUUUGAACAUUAGCAUAAUUUUUUUUUGCUAAAUGUAUUAUUUAUGAAACUGUCUUGUCUUGAUUAAGGGGGGGCUCGCUACCUACGGGACAACAUUUUCAAUUAAAGACAAACUGAAACAACUUUGGUCACAGGCAGUCAACAUGAGACCAAAGAUUCAUGUGUCACAGACAGUCAGUAUGAGGCAAAAGAUUCAUGUGUCACAGACAGUCAGUAGGAGACAAAAAAUUCAUGUGUCACAGGCAGUCAGUAGGAGACACAGGCAGUCAGUAGGAGACCAAAGAUUCAUGUGACACAGGCAGUCAGUAGGAGACCAAAGAUUCAUGUGACACAGGCAGUCAGUAGGAGACCAAAGAUUCAUGUGACACAGGCAGUCAGUAGGAGACCAAAGAUUCAUGUGACACAGGCAGUCAGUAUGAGACAAAAGAUUCAUGUGACACAGACAGUCAGUAUGAGACAAAAGAUUCAUGUGUCACAGACAGUCAGUAUGAGACACAAGAUUCAUGUGUCACAGGCAGUCAGUAGGAGACACAGGCAGCCAGUAGGAGACCAAAGAUUCAUGUGUCACAGGCAGUCAGUAUGAGACAAAAGAUUCAUGUGACACAGGCAGUCAGUAUGAGACAAAAGAUUCAUGUGACACAGGCCGUCAGUAUGAGACAAAAGAUUCAUGUGUCACAGGCAGUCAGUAGGAGACAAAAGAUUCAUGCUCAACUGUUGACACACUCAAUUGCGUAAGCUGUUGCCAUGGAAACGGCGGUCAUCUUGAAAAUUUGAUUGACAUUUAUUUUUCUCCUCCAUUUUUAGUUUUCUCUUUUUGAUAUUCUGUAACUUGCAAAAUGUGACAAAUAAAUAGGUGUUUGCAGCU